GGCCGGUGGACGGUUCGCCUUCUCGCUGUAUAUAUUUAGAUAUCUGACGUGCACACACAGAUCAUUUGCUGUGCCUCGAAGAAACAAAAACAAUCUCAGGAGGAGUCGUUUUGGUUCAAAGUUCAGGCCGAACAGUGAUGGCAUCGGUGAAAAAGGACAACAGACUGACGAAUUCCCAGAGCUUCAUGUGUGUCGGUUUCGCCGGCGUUUUCAGCAAAACGACUACUUCACCUUUGGAGGUGGUGAAAAUUAAAAGUCAGGUGGGAACUUUUCACUGCAAGAGCGGUUUCUGGCAAAGUUUUCUGGUGAUUUACCAGAAUGAAGGACUUCGGGGGUUUUGGAAAGGAAAUCUGGCCUCAUGCCUGCGGUUGUUUCCUUACACCGCGGUUCAUCUCACCACAUACAAAAAGAUAGUCCACCUUCACAUGGACGAGUUGGGCUUUAUCUCUCAAUGGAGGGCCAUAUUUGCCGGUGGACUGGCUGGUGUUGCUGCGGCUCUGGUCACAUACCCUUUGGAGGUGGCGGAGACCAGACUCAUCGUUCAGAACUGCAGGGAACCCACAUACAUCGGCGUCGCUCACACUCUGUCACGUAUCUACAGAAAUGAAGGGCUGCGAGCUCUCUACAGAGGGUUUUCCCUCACUGUCUUGGGUGCAUUUCCAUUUUCUGUUGGAUGCUAUGCAGUCUACUCGAAUUUGGACAAGAUCUGGAAGGAGCCUCCCUUUCGCUUCACUCCUCUGCAGAACUUCAUUAAUGGCUGUAUUGCAGCAGGACUGGCUCAAACCCUUUCAUACCCCUUUGAAACGGUGAAGCGUAAAAUGCAGGCGCAGAAUGCCCGUCUUCCCCAUUUUGGUGGAGCUGAUGUCCACUUCACUGGAAUGAUUGAUUGUUUCGUCCAGGUCGUUAGAAACAAGGGUGUCCUGUCACUGUGGAAUGGCCUCACAGCCAACACUAUUAAGAUUGUUCCCUACUUUGGCCUUUUGUUCAUGUGCUUCGAGAUGUGCAAGCAGGUUUGUCUUUACCGCAAUGGCUACAUCCUCUCACCUCUGAGCUACAAGCUCACUCCGGGGGUCGACCAGAGCCUCGGGCCAUACGAACUGCAGGAGGUCAAGCGCUACUUGAGAAACAGGAACUUUGGUUCUCGGGAGUCGUCUCUGGGAAAUCGCUGGUGAAGCUAAGAAAAAAAAAAAAAAAACAGACUGUGGACUACAUUUCACCAGCAAGGACUAAAAAAUGUGAUAUAACCAGAUAUGUCUUGUCAACCAUGGACUCUCUACCUCUUUCAGAAUUGUAUUAUUUUAUUUGACAGUAUUUGAUCAAGAAUGACUCACUUGCCAGGAGUUUAGGACAGGUUUUACUUCAUAACAUGUGCCUCCAGAGUUAAAUAUUUAUUUGGGGCUUUAUUGCAGCUGUUGCUGCAUAAACGCCAUGUAGUGCCAGAGCCUAUGCAUUUCAAAUAGGUUGCUAACAGCUCUGACACUGUGGAAAAUCAAAACCUGAGCUUUAAGUCUGUACGAGGAUAAUUUUAAACAUAAUGUGCGGUUAACGUAUUGAUGCGUGAUACGUUUGAGCAUGUUAUGGACAAUCAUGUUAAUGUUCUAACAUGGAUUAUGGUGGAGGAAAUUGAGUAUUAAAACGUCCUUUUUCAUGAACACACUGUACUGGAUAAGAGACUUUCUCCUAUAGUGAGCUUUCAGCAAAAGAGCUUAAUGACUGUUCUUUUGCAUAUAUUCUAAUACAAUUUUGAGUUACAUGGUUAUUUUUGUUUAGAGAGGUAAACUAUGUACAACUCCAUUAGAUUUAUUUUACAUUUAACUAUGUUCAUGGUUUACUUCUUAUAUUCACAUUAGUGUAUAAUAUGAAAUCACCAUUCAUUAUUAAAACGUUAGAAAAAGUGUUUUACUGAUCCUGGGUGUGAAACUGACCAUCUUUUAUGUGGCAUUUUGCAGGAGUGAGGGCUUUCAAAUAUAUUCUGAUGCUGAUACAUGUGUACGUUUGCUUGAGUAGUAUUUUCAAAGUUCAUUGUGACUGUCUCUUCACUGUGAUUAUUUUACUUAAAGCUCAGAGAACGAACUCAGCCCUCUGAGUCUGGUAGUACUUUUGAGGCAUCGGACAAGUGUGGAUGAGUGUGCUGAGACGGGCUUUGCUUGGAAUCAGUCAGCUGAUUGAAUCGCGUCCUUCCCACUGUGGGAAAAAAAGAGUGACAGCCAGAGGACGCCAACAGAUGGGAUGACCUUUACCCGCCAUAUCCUUUAGGCCUCAGCUGCUUCAGACUGACAGUUUGACACAACCUUGAACUUUAAAGUGAAGCAAAACAAAUAAAUAUAAACACAAAAUGAUGCAUCCGGAGUUCUGCUGUGUUGUUUAAUUAGACCAUCCACAACUUUUCUUGUAAAAUAAACCCUCUGUCCGUUGUGUGGGGGGAAAAAAUGGGUCUGUAGUGGCUUUACUUUAUUAUGAUAGAGGUGACGCUCCAAAUCGGACCGUAAGGGACAUCUCUUGGCCACGCCCCCCUCUCCUCCAGCCGACCAAUCAGAAGCGAGCGUUGCCGUUCACGGUUUCUCUGGCGUGCAGCCUCCUUAAAUCCCCUCACCUCCACAUUGGAUUCGGCCAUUUCAACUCUACCGGCAAACCUCACGGAGAGAGCAGCGGGACCGCGUCCGACAACACCUGAAAGAUGAGCGAAACAGCCAUUUCCUUCGCCAAGGACUUUCUGGCUGGCGGUAUCGCCGCUGCCAUCUCCAAAACAGCUGUAGCCCCCAUCGAGAGAGUGAAACUUCUCCUCCAGGU